AUGACUGAUUUGGAAGAAAAUGGCCAGUUGCUCCAAGCUGAAAGAGAAGAAACGGAAGAUGACAUCAUAUCAGAGGAAGAAUUGAACAAAAGAAGAAAAUAUUUAGAGGAUUUAAAAACUUUCCUAACCGAGCAACAGGAAAAGAUUUCUUUAACAUUAGAGCAAUUAGGUUGGACACCAGAACAUUUUAUAAAGCCUCAGAAUAAAGUGACUUGUCCUUAUAACCCUAGUCAUAUUCUACCUGAAUCUAGCCUAGAUAAACAUUUAGAAACUUGUCAAUGGCUAUCUAAAGGAGUACCUAGAUAUCAGUUGAGAGAUGUUUUGGGUGAAAAAGAAAGGUUGAAAAAUACACCAAUUUCAACAAUACAGUUAGAUGAAUGUAAACUAAAUGGUAUUCUAUGGAAUAAAGCUGUUAAAUCAGGUCAAGUGUACACUGGUCAAAGAAAGCUACCUGUAACACCAGAAGAUGAUUCUAUCAUUUUAACACCAGAUGAGAGACUGGCAGUGCAUGAAUAUGUAGUCUCUGAAGCCCAGUCUCAGGGCAUUAUGAUGAAUGUUGAAAAAGAUGAACAUUUGACAAUAGAUUGGCAGAAAGUUAUAAAGAAAGGUGUAUUGGAGAGUGAAACCAGUGAUAAGUUAACUCCCUUGGAAAAAAUGCAAGCAUUGAGAGAUUUUAAACGCAGGAGGCAGAAAUAUCGAGCUAAAAAUGUUCAUAUCACCAGAAAAUCUUAUACAGAGAUAAUCAGAGAGGUGAUAUCAAACCAGGUAGAAAUGUGGGGUGCCGAGGAGAGUGGGGGGGAAAAUGUGGAUGAUGUAGAGGUAGUAGAGGGUAUGGAUUCAGGAUAUUUGAACAGAGAAUCCAGAGGAAGCCAAGAUUCAUCAGGUUAUGGUCGAGAUUCAGGGAGGGGUUGGUCUGAUAGAGAAAGGAAUGACAGAGGUAGGGAUAGAGAGCCUGAUAGAAGGAGGAGCUACAAAGAUGACAGAGAUAGGGGAUCUUAUUGGGGCCAAACCAGGGAAUCAUCCUACAGGGAUUCAAACAGGGAUCAAUCCAGGGAAUCGUAUGGGGAUUCAAGCAGGGGCCAAUCUAGGGAAUCAAGCAGGGGCCAAUACAGAGAAUCAUCUCAUAGGGAACAAUCCAGGGAAACCAAUAGGGAUUCAAAGAGGGUACCUGACAGAGAAAGGGAAAAUGAACGGAGAGAUUACGAAAGGGAGAGAAGCAGAAAAAGGGAAAGAGAGGGAAGUAGGGAAAGAUCAAGAUCAUCAGACAGAAGACCUCCAAAACGUGAGAAAUAUGAAAUGUCCCAGAUGAAGUCAGAAAGAGAGACAACUCCAAUGGUGGACCAUGAGAGAGAAGAUUCCACUAGUAAAACAUCACAUAAGGACAGAUAUCAAGAAGAGUCCAGUUCCAGAUCACACAAGAAAUCUAAAAAACACAAACAUAAAAAGAAGCACAAGAAACAUAAAAGCAGAAAAAAAUCUUCAAGUUCCAGUGAUUCAGAAUCUCCUUCUUAG